AUGACUUCAAUGAAAGACUACCUACAAGUUGAAGUCACUGGUGAUGCUGAUGCUGUUACCAGUGAUUUAUAUGUUGAAAAUACUAUUGAAAAUCCUGCAUUGUAUACAAUUGAAAAUAACCAUGUUUCUUUGGUAUCUGAAAAUGUUGAAAAAUGUAUCGAGCUUGAAACUGAGAUAUUGGAUGAUUGCAUGUGGGAAAGUAGAAUCAAAUUUACUAAAGAUGUUGCCAACCAAAGUAAUAUGGAGUUACCCUUGGAAUAUCAGGAUGUCACAGAUAAUAUUUACUUGAAUCCUGGAAAUACAAGUGAUAAAUUAUUUCAUUGUAAUAUUUGUGGAGAAAGUUUUGUUUUAAAUUAUCUUUUAAAAAACCACUUGGCCGAUCACAAAGGACAAGUACAUUAUAAAACUAAUAAAUGUAAAUUUUGUGGAAAACUGUUUAAGUUAAAAUUUGGUUUGAACAGACACAUUCAAAAACAUCACAAUUCCAUGUAUAAUUGCAAAUUUUGCGGACUUUUUAUUGAUUGCUCUAAGUUUAUUGAACACAAAAAAUACCAUGAAAGAAGAGAUAGUAUUGGAUCUAUAGUUAGAGACACACCUUAUUUCUGUAUUAGAAAAUCGCCUAAUAUUGAAAAUGGAUUGUGCACUGAUGAUUAUGGUCAGACAUCACAAAAUAAGCUUAUAUUUACAUGCAGAAUUUGUAAAAAUCCUCCAUCUACAGAUAUACAUUCAUUUGCAUUACACAUGAGUAAUCACAGGGAGUGUAAUAUGCAUGAAUGUAUUGUGUGCGAUAAAACAUUCAACUCUGUAGUUCUUUGGACAGCCCAUAUGACCUAUCAUCAACAGCAAAUAGAUUUAAAUGUGUCAACAGUUCAGUUUAAUCUUUUCGAAACUGAAUCUAAUACAUUUGACCCUAUUAAUUCUAGAAACAUGGAACCUCAAGUUUUUACAAACUUAAAAGAUACAAAAUGCAAGACAACAAGCAACACUGAUUCUGUGACAAUGUCAAGAAACCAAAAAAAAGAAACCAAAUCAUCGUCAACUAAAAAAACGAAUUUCUGUAAUUUAUGUAAUAGGAAAUUUACAAAGCAGUGUUAUUUUGCAAAUCAUAUGAUUAUGAAGCAUAAUAUAAAUGCAAACACACAAAAACAACUUACAUCAAUUGAUUGUAAUGAAUCAAUCAUUCUGUCUGAAAACAUAGAGUUGACUAAUGAAUACGAAAACAAAUUAUCAGCUCCGGUAAAUAACAAAAAUAACAAUCUGAUCAACCGUGUUAAUAAAAGCAAUAAGAAGAAAUCAACAUUUUGCGUAUUUUGCAACAAACAUUUUGCACAUCUUGGUGCCCUAACUAAUCACAUGCGUAUUCAUGUAGAACAUCCCUGUGAUGUGUGUGAGAAAAAAUUCUCUACUCCGUUCCAAUUGAAUGUUCACCGAAAGUCACAUUCUAAACUAAAGAUUGAAUCUAUAAGUCAUAAAGAUAAAAUAAAAUGUCGACAUUGCAAAAAAGAAUGUAACUCAAUAUCUCAGUGGAAAAAUCAUAUGUCAAUGAGCAAGGAAUGUCGUCGCCAUUGUAAAAGUUACCUUCCAGAGUUUACAUCAAAUAAUACUGUUUUAGAUAAAACGUACUUGAAUACUUAUGAUAAUAUCGGUUCACAAAAAGACAAGUUAAUGGACAAAAUUCAACAAAAACCAGCGGUUAAAAAACGAAAUAGAAGUAAUCACAUUAAUGAUGUUAAAUGUGAGUUAUGUGGUAAAAUAUACUGUAAUGAAUAUAAUUUAAUUCGCCACAUAUCCAUGAUUCACAAACAAACUUAUAAACCUGUGAAUUGUAAUGUUUGUGGAAUUACAUUAAAAAAUAAAUUUUCUUACGGAGCACAUUUAAGAAGUGUACACAAACAAUUUGUUAAACAUCAUGAAGGAACAAACUCUACAUAUCAAAGAACCGGCGGGCAAAAUAUAUCAGUAAAUAAAAAAAAUAUUAUGAAAUACAUUUGCAAAAUAUGUAAUAUGAAGUUUGCUGACAAUAUUACAUUACAAAAUCAUGCAAAGAGACAUACUUUAAAUAUGUAUAAGUGUAAUGCCUGUGGUCAGCAGUAUGAAACAAACCUUGCUCUAGGUAAUCACAUUUGGGAAAACCACAGUGAUGUCUAAUAAAUAUUAACAUUUCGAGAAUUAUGAGACAAAAUGCUUUUCUAAAAAUAAUUAAUUAUAAUUUUGCUCAGUGUGAACUUUGUUUUCAUCAAAAGAAAGAAUUGGCAUGUUAUGUCCCAUGAUUAUAUUUUACGUGUUCAUAUAUAGAAUUUUCGGCCAUUAAAAAUGACAAUACAUUUUAACAUCUGUAGUUAUUUUAAUGUUAUUAUAAUAAUAUGGAAAAAUAACAUUAAAAUACUUGUGAAUUACUUGAAUUUCAAAUGCAUGCUUUUGUACUUUGUUUUAUUCUAAAAAUGCCUAACUAUUUUUAUUGUCAUAACUACUUCUACAAGUUUUUACUGUACAUUUAUUGAAUGUAUUUGGUAGAUUAGAAACAAUAAUUAAGGUAUAUUUUUUUAUUUAUUCAAUUUAAGUUUUAAGAAUAUUUUUCGUUAACCAUAACUUGUGUUGUAUAUUCAUAUUAGUGAUGGGUCGAACCUGAUUUUAUGGUGUCGAACCGAACAAUGUUAAAGUCUUGUGAACCCGAAACGCACUAUUAACAUUUUUUAUCAAAUUAAAACUUGAACUUUGAAUUUUUUUUCUUUUACAAAUAAGAUUUAAAUUAUAAACAUUUUACUUAUAUUGUGUAUACACCUAGAAAUACAUAAUAAAUUAUAAUAAUUAUUAAUUAACAUCCAAAACUAUUAUUUAAUAUUUCUGAUAACGUUCUCAUAUAACAGUUAUUUAAUAAAUAAUACAAAUAUACAGCGUUCGGUAUGAUAUUGUUGUAGAUAUAUUAAAUUUAAGUUUUAAGAUUUUUCUCCAUUACUUGGAUUAACUAUAACUUGUGUUAUAUAUUCAUAUAUUGUCAACCAAGUAAUUUAUUCAAAUACUUAUCACAUUGUAUAUUUAACUGGUGGGUUUAAUUUAACGAUGAUGUAAUUUUGAUUUGUUUAUUUUAUAAUUUAAAAUAAAAUUUAACUUCCAGCAAAAUAAUGUUCAACUAUUUCUACAAUUAAGUUAAGUUUUUACAGUACAUUCAUUGAAUGUACUUAAAUAUGUAUUUCAUGUAUUAAAAACUAUAAUUAAAGUAUAAUUUUGAAGAUUUUUUUUCGUUAACCAUGACUUGUAUUGUUUAUUCAUAUAUUGUCAACCAAGUAAUUUAUAUGGGUUUAAUUUAAUAAUGAUGUAAUUUUUAUUUGUUUAUUUUAUAAUUUAAAAUAACAUUUAACUAGCUGUAAAAUAUAUUUUUAAAUAAAUAUAUACAUUUUUUAACAUUCUUUGAAUUUACUAUCAAUUAUUGAAACAGUAUCACAGGUAGUCUUAACGAUCAAAUGGUAUAUAAAUAAACUAAUAGCUUACAUACAUUUUGAAUAUAAUAUAUAUAUAUAUAUAUAUUAUUUCCUUCACAUUUCUUUAUACUCUUAUAUCAGUUGGACAACUAAGUUCAAUUUGACUCUUACAUAAUGUUCCACAGAGAAAAAUUCACCGUAUGCUUGAUUUACAACUUAAGACAUGGAUUUAUAUUUUUAUAUUUAAAAAGUACAACAAUUUAGCUAGUAUUGAGUAGUAUUUUGAAUUAAGUAUUAAGUAUUAGAAUACCUUCUAAGAAUUCAGAGAACAUAUACUUUUCCCAAAACUUUUCUGAAUAACUAUUUAGAAUAUUUGUUUAAAGUAUUUUAUCUGUUUAUUCCUAUCAAAAAAUACUUUUAAUUUACAAUAAUAAUUUUUUGCUUUGUUUUUGUCAUUAUUUUCACAAUAUUAUAAACAUUUAAAAAUUUUAAAUUAAGUAACAACUUAAUUUAAAUUUGUUUUUUUUUUUUUAUUAAUUUUUACAGGCAUCAACUGCAA